UUUUGUAAAGUCACUGGACGCUGGGAAAGAUAGAUCUGAAGGAAGUCGCUCCGGAUAAACGGGCCCGUAAACUGUCAGGAAAACAAGGCUGCGGAGGGAGAAACGGCAGGAAGAGGACCGACCCGAAGGACCUCGGUCAUAACCAGACAACGUUAGCGUAGUUUGUGAAGGAGAAAAACGCUACUUUGAGUUAAAAGCCAGCGGACGGAGGCGUGCACAGAGAUGGAGCUGUCAGCGAUUGGGGAGCAAGUGUUUGCUGUGGAAGCAAUCCUAAAGAAAAGAUUUAGAAAGGGGAGUGUGGAGUAUCUGUUGAAGUGGAAAGGAUGGCCUCCAAAAUACAGUACAUGGGAACCUGAGGAGCACAUUCUGGACCAGCGCUUAGUGCAGGCCUAUGAAGAGAAAGAGCAGAGAGACAGAGCACUGGGUCACAGGAGAAAAGGAUCCAGAGCCAAAAGACUUCUUCUGCAGAAUACUGUCUACACCAUGGAUCUCCGCAGUGCUCACAAGGCUGCAGAGAAACCUUCACCACGCCUACGUCUCUCUCUGACGCGCUCUCUGGUCCCUGAGGACGAGGAUCAGAUGUACAAACCCAGGAGGUCACAGUUCAAGUGCUUUGACUCAAACCCUCCAAGUCCUACACAAGAGGACUGGGAAAGCCGGGGAGAGGAAGAAGAGGAGGAGGAGUGCAAUAUAGAAGAUGAAGAUGAUAGAGUGGAGGAGGAGGGGGAGAAAGAGGAUGCUCUAAAGGGGACAACAGAGAAAAGAGGAGGCAUUUUAAAUGGACAGGAAAGGACAGACGAGUGGAGCUCUGCUAUCGUACCAGACGAGGUCACUGCAUCAGAGAAGCUGGAAGACGUCUGGAGACCCAUCAUCGGUCCGGGAGAGGUGACAGUCACAGAUGUCACCCUCAACUCCCUCACAGUGACUUUCCGAGAGUCAAGAGUGGCCAAAGGUUUCUUCAGAGACUGGGGCCUGGAGGUCUGAAUUGUGAUGAAGUCUGAUUAUGUUGGUGGGGAGGCCACAGAGAGAGGGACUUGGUGGCUCUGGCUUCAUCACAGUGUGUGAAUGGUGGUUGAGGGCCUGGGCUGGUGUUUUCACUCCCUCUCUGUGACCUCUCACUUUGCUCUUCCUCUUGCCAGCUACUUCCAGCCCAGUCAGUGGUACGUUUACAUGCACAGAGUCACAUGGAUACACGCCAAACUCCAGUUAAUGUUAUAUUUAGGUUGAGCUGUUCACUGUUUCAAAGGUUGGACUGAGUUGCCUUGAAUUAUUGGGGUUUGUGAUAGCUAUAACUGGUUGUGACUUCUAUUCCAGAACAAACAGUGCAAUCACCGGCUCUGGAGGACACAAUGCUAGCUGAGGGCCCCAUUGUUGGGCCUGGGAAUCUUCCACUGACAAAUAGUUGAAAAUGAGGCUAAGCAGGUGAGUUGGGUGAAGUGAGGGUACCAGUCAUAAAGUGAUAUUUGAAAGUCUCACACCUACCUACAGAAUCUUUGACUUGUUGCUAUUGGUUCAAAUGUACCAAUACAGGUAUUUUUUAGGAUCUUGUUUUAUCAUGGGUCUUAACUUUUCCACCUUAAAGGUGCCCUGUAAAGUUUUCUUCAAAACAAACACGGUUAUGUUUACAUCCAGCGUUACUGUGCGUAUCCUAGACAAACGGGUCUAAUGCAUUUUCUUCCUCAUAAAACAUUUGCAAAACCGAUUUUGAAAAAUAAUCUGGACACUGCAUUUCACACGUGUUCUAGCUUGCAGUCUUCUUCUUCCUUGCAAUUUGUUUGUGCAUUUUUGGUGCAUUACUGCCACCCUAGACCUAACAAAACAUUGCUCCUUAGCACCACUAGUGGUCAGAAACUCUACAGCAGGGGUCAUCAAAUAAGUCUUGCAUUGGGCCAAAAUUUGUUCAAGCAGUUACAUGGUGGGCCAGAACAAAGUCAAAUCAUUUCAAAUCCUUGUAUACUUGUGUACAUGUUUAGCUCAGUCAGUACUUGUUAGGAAGGUUGUAGGAUUGAUUCCAACUUACUGUGGAUAUUUUUUUUCUCCCUUGUUAAACUAAUUGACACUUUUGCACAUGCUCACAAUAAAUCAUUUGCUGCAGUGUGUGCGCAUCCCAGUUUGAUCCGCAUUCAAAAACCUCUGGACGCUUAUUUUCAUUUCCCUGAGGAAAAUCAGGGGAAUCCUAUCUCACGUUUACUGAUGGCAGAGGUGUGUCAAGCAAGCCAGAGUCUCUUUUGAAUGUCCUUCGGAACUCUUCAAAGUAAAAGCUCUCAAUAAACUCAACAUAAAGCAUUGCUGCAAAAAAAACUUCUGUCGCUUUUAUGUUGGAGGCACAAUCUCUUAAGAGGAAGUGAUUGUGUGAGUAACUAGCUGUCAUAGCUGAUCUAUUUCUCUGGCUGAUCUAAUUUUUUUACUUUCUGCUAUUGAAGCAAUCUGGCCACGGGCCAGAAAUUAUUGCUGGCGGGCCAGUUCUAGCCCGCGGGCCGCCUAUUGCCGACUACUGCUCUACAGGGUACCUUUAAAGCAAUUAACAGAAUGGGCUUCAUGGAUGAAAAUGUUCAUGUUAUUAUAUCCUCUCAUACUUUUAUGUUUUAUUGGGGUUUUUUUGUAAAUAGUAAAUACAGGACUCAGAUAAAUGUAGUAGUAGAAGAGUAUAAAGUAGCACAGUAGCAGAGUUAUGACGUUGACAUUUAGUUACGUGAAAUCAAGUGACGUGAGUUAUCAUGUGGAGAAAGAAGAAGAGUUCUCUGUGCGUGUAAACAUGGCCGCUGUUUCUGUCUCUGUACCACACUAAGCUAACCGUUCAGUACUGGACUCAUACGUAUUGUACAUACUCAAAACUACAGUGAGGUGGGCAUAGCUGUCAGUCCCAUACUAACAUACAGUGCUGUACCUGUAACCUGUGAACACAUAGACUGUUACCACUGGACAACAGGUGGCCUAGUCUUGUAUGCGUUUCAAAAUGCUCUGAGAGAUGAUUUGAUCCGCCUGCAUGCCUUUCUCCUCCAGUACAUCAAUGCAAAGACACAGUGUAGAUUUCUCUGUCCACCCAGCUCCUCAUCUAAAAACAUACAACACACUAUACAAGUGAUAACUUAGUAUUGUACCAAAAUUAGAAAACUAGAUGUGACUUGAUAACAGAAUGUUCUAUGGAAUUGCACUGUAUUUACUGUACAUCAUGAAGGUUUAUGUUUCCACCAGGAGCCUCUUUUCAGAGUUUGACAGACAGGGUAAUAAUAAUAUUUAAUAAGAAGUACCAAACGGUGUCAUUGAUUUCCUACCUUCCAGUUACCUUUCAUAAAGGCCCCAAAAUCUACUUGCACUCUUAAAACUUGUUUGAGACUUUACAUCACUAUCUAACAAUGUGUUAUCUCAGUGUAUUUAUGAAGCUGUUAUACAUACAUUUAAAGUAAUGUAAUAAUGGAUUUGCAAGCAGAUACUGUUUGAGAAACUUUACCUGCAUCUGGCUGAUAAAAAACAUUGCAUUCAAGACAAAGAACCUUGAAGACAAAGUGUGAGGAUUGUGGACAUUACAGUAAAGUAGGUGUUGAGAUGAGCUGUGUAGGAUGUAAGAAAAAUCUAAAUUCUGAUUCAAACUCUUCUCUAAUCUUUGCCAUUGCUGAAAUGCUGUAGUUUUAACUUUUCAGGCAAUCAGCUUACAACUUAUAGACAUGCAACGAGGAGGUUACAAGUCCCUUAUAUUGAGGGAUAUGUUCACAAUUGUGUCUGUCUGCCUUCCAACAAUAGUAAAGUGCCCAUAUAAACAGUGAAACCAUCUUUGCCUCCUGUUAACAGUACUGGUCAUUGCUCUGUCAGUGUAAAUCCACAGUCCGGAUUCCAAAGUUUAUCUGAAGCUGAUGUGAGGUGUUAGCAGUCCAAGUUGAACAAAUCAAAUGGAUAUCUUCCAGAGUUACUCUUUUUGGUUUAAAAUUUCCCCUUUGACAGUGUUUCCUUGUUGAGCUGCAGUGGAAGGAUACAAAAAGACUACAGAAGCCUCAUAUUAGCUUCAGAUGAAAAGGAGACUGGACCUUGUCCCCAAUUUGGCUAAUUUGAAAGGGAUCUGUUCUGUAUGAACAAAAUAAAAGAUUAUAGCAAGCAAAACUCUGUUUUCAUAUGAACACCUGACUAUUGUUAUAAGAAAUUGAAAAAAAUGUGAACCUAUCCAUUAAGGGGUAACAAACAAAAACGGUCAGGAACCACUGCUCUAAAUCUCACAUAUGAAAUUCCCAAAGAUACUUGAUUUCACUAAAAAGGAGAGGGAGCAUUGUUUUACCAUGUGUUGCGUAAGGUAGGUAAAAAAGAAAAAGCAAAUGGAUGUUCUCUGUGAUGGACUGCAUAUCCCAAUAUAUAUCAAGUCAUUAUGGCAUGAAAAACAAGUGCAUGUAGAGGUUCCUUCUUGUAAUGACAGAAAUCCAAAUAGAUUUAGAUAUCACUAAUAACAAUAUAAUAAUUAAAUAUCUAGGACAAUAAAUAAAUCUAAAUUUCAAAAAUCUAAAUUUCUGAAAUAAACUGAAACCUGUUGCCUGCUGGAAGGUAGGAAAUUAAACUUAUAACCCGCAGUAUGCUUUAACUAAUGCAGUGUGACCCAGCCCCUGCCAUCAAUCAGAUGAUGAGAAAACUCAAAUCAUCAUUAAAACAAUUAUAAAAACUGUUCUACCAAAAAUACAUAGAUUGAAAGUGAAAAGUUUCCACACAGCUUUACAGACUUGUUUCCUGUAAGUGUGGUCACAGGUAAACACUGAAAAGACCAAUAUCACUGAUUUAAAAAAGUAAAAGCCCAACUCUGAACCCAGUAUAUCAGUCUAACCCUGCUGGUGUCCUGCCCAGUGGACACAGGAGCUGAUGUGGUGUGUCAUGUCUGUGGAAUCUCCCACAGUGGCGUCCCAUUGGUCCGCAAGUUGUUUGUCCCGCACUGACGAUGAUGGGUCAGGGUCUCGUGAUCUCAAAACUGUCUCUGCGUGACAAUGAAGCAGCAGGGAAUGGAAGUGCCUGAUGUUGCAUAAUUUUGUAGUUGUUUUGUCUCUAGGGCUAAUGUCUCCCUCCUACACACACGCACUAUUACUCCCCCUGCCCAUUUGGUUUCUGUAUGUCUGAAUAUACGAUCCAGUGAUGUGAUGAAAACUUGACGUAUGAGGAGACUUUAAAUUGGAGGAAGAUGUGUCUCCUCCAUCCUGGGAGGGAGAGACAUUACUUUUUAAGUCGUUAUUUUUCUACAUUGACCUGAAUGUAUAUUUAUUUUAUCAAGAUACUUGUGUAUUUGUCACGCAGAUGACUGAACAUAAGUUUUUAUACAGUUUGUGAUAACCACUGAGCUGAUGCCAUCUCUAAAUGUAUUGGCAUGACAAAACAAGCACCUGGAUUUGACGUUGCCUAAUGUGGUCGCUUGUGCUGCUUUCGUCCACAACCAAGCGAAGAACCUUGCACUUUAUUGUGAUGUAAACCUGCACAUUACCUGCUCCAGUCUAUUAAGUGUUAUUGUGUAUAGAAUAUUUCUAUGGGAAUACUAAAAUAAAUGUUGCUCAUGUUUAAUAUAAUUUUAA